UGCAUGUGUGUAGGCGAAUCACGUGUGGAGAAGCCGUUGGUUGUCAUGUCUCUGCCGUAGCAGAGUUCCGUGCUUGGUUUUAUUAUCUGCUUCCAGCUUUCGCUACACUUUCUAUUUCUUUUUUCCCCUCAUACCUUUUUUUUUUAAUCGAAGAAUGAGCGAAAACGAUGACAUCGAAGUCGACAGCGAUGCAGACAAGCGAGCACAUCACAAUGCGCUGGAGCGUAAACGCAGGGACCACAUUAAAGACAGCUUUCACAGUUUACGAGACUCUGUGCCUGCAUUACAAGGGGAGAAGGCUUCCCGAGCACAGAUUCUAGACAAAGCCACGGAGUACAUCCAGUACAUGAGACGAAAAAACCACACCCACCAGCAAGAUAUUGACGAUCUAAAGAAGCAGAAUGCACUGCUGGAGCAGCAGGUUCGUGCACUUGAGAAGGCCAAGGGGAACACUCAGCUCCAGACCAACUACUCUUCCGAUAGCAGCUUGUACACAAACCGCAAAGGGAGCGCCGUGUCAGCCUUUGACGGCGGUUCCGACUCCAGCUCUGAAUCAGAAUCAGACGAGACACCGAACAGGAAGAAGCUGCGCGUGGAGCUAAGCUAGAUUUGGGUGGACCCCGGCUCCCGAGACAGACUCUUUUUACCCACCAGCCCCAGCUCCUCUUUCCUGUCCGCACUGAGCCCUGCCUUCUUGCGCUAGCCCAGGAGACGAGGUGGAGAUCGUGUGUGAGAGAGGUGCUAUUAUGUAUAAAACGCUUCUACCUUCUUUUAUCCUUCUGGCAAGCAUCCUGUCACUCCUUUCUUGACCCAGCAACAAAGUUAAAAAUCCCCAAAUUGAGGCAGCUCUGCAGUUUUGAAGGACUUUAUGCCUUUCAGACCUCAUAAUAACCAUUCAUAAAUGUGGAGAUGACAAGACGUGAGACUUGAGUAAAGCUACAAAAAUAACCUUUCCCUAUUGGUUGUUUUGGUCGACCUCUCCAAUCUGGCGGAGUUGUGAGACUUUUGACAAAUGGUAAGGGUAGGAAUACCUUACCUUUUUAAUAAUAAUAAUAAUAAUAUUUUUCCAGAAAAGAAUGUGAAGUUGCUUUUGGAAAAACAACCCUGUCUGUUAUGCAAAAUGCAGCCCUCCUUAUUCUGUGUAGGUGGCUAAAAGUUUUGUCUUUUGAAAUGUUGUGUAAUCAAAGAAAUCCCUCUAUUUAUAGUCAUGCACCAGGAAGAAUUUCUUACCCUUAUAUCUAUAUACCUAUAUAAUCUGAUGUCUGAACUCCCAUUAUGUUUGGCUUGAUAUUUCAAAGUUUCAGCUAUUUAUUUUCCUCUAUUUUUAAUAUUUUUCAAAUAAAUUGUGGUUAAAAAAUCCCCUCAUUGAUAUUGAAUGUUGCACAAUGCAGUUAAAGGCAUUGUCCUUUAUUUUUGUCGAUGGAAGUUCCUUUUCAGCGUGUGGUAUAUAACACUGUAUACUCUUAAAUGGUGUCGUUUCUGCAAAGAAAAGCCUUCCCUCUGAUUUGCCUGUGCUGGGAAUGUUUAUCUUUUUUUUUGCAGAGAUAAAUUAGUGUGUACCUUAUAAGAUUUGUUUGUUCCAUUCCAUGGAAAUUACAGGUAUGUUGUACAUACUGCCAACGGUUGUCUUGCAAGAUAAGGCAUACCUUUAUUAUGAAACUAUAAAUAAACUAUUUUAUCCUUUUUGGAUGAA